CAUCCCCUUUGCUGGCCUGUUUUAUUUGCAUACUGAUUGUUACAGUAUGCUUGACUGGGGACCAGAUGCUCCUUACAUCUGAUAUUGGAGGAUAUUCUCAUCUCGUCCGCGCACUGGUUGACAGCCUAACGCAUGCAUUGGUUGGUGCUCUUGUGUGGGCAUUUGUGGAAAACUCAGCUUUGCUAAAUGACUGGAAGAAAUGGUUGAAUUGCUUCUUUUGUGCCGUCCUGGCAGCAUCUGUGGAUUCGGAUCACUUUCUUGCUGCUGGGUCUUUAAACUUAGAGGUACCCCAUGAAAUUAGCAUUGAAUAUUAACAACUUGGUACUGCUUUUGUGUUUUAUAAGUAUUUUUAUACAUAUAAUAUUACAAUUACAAAUACAACUUUUUUUACCAGAGAAAUUAACUCGUAUGAAAAAACUGAGAGAAUUUUUGUUAUCCCUAAACAAAAUUUUAUAUUGUAUUGUGUGUUUGAUUUUCAGAAUGCAUUACAUUUGGAAAGGAGACCUCCUUUUCACAAUACGAGCAUCAUCCCUGUGAUAGUUCUGCUUUGUUGGAUAUUUCGACAUUACAAACCUUACUUGAACUAUUUCCCUUUAAUGUUUCUAACAUCAUGGUUGUCUCAUCACCUGAGGGAUGCUAACCAUCGGGGUCUUUGGUUAGCACCGUUCGGCCACACAUCAACCUUACCAUUCUAUCUAUAUGUAUUCUUGAUAGUAUUGCUUGCAUUUUUUACAAGAUUAUGGUAUUGUCAUUUAACACUGACAAAAAAUAUCAAUUUAACAAAAGUUUUGGACAUAAUAUAAAUAAUUAGCACUACUUUAGACCUAUUUAUCAUUUUAUGUGUGUAUUUACCCAAGCCUGUGUAAAAUCCAUCAUUAUGUCCGGUGAGUGUAUAUGGUAUAAUAGUAAUAAUUGCAAAUGUAGAUAUUUUUUAAUGUCAAUUGCUACACUACAUUUCUCUUACAAAGCCACUGAAGUGUUAACAGUUUUUAUAUGAAGGCGGUAUGUGUGGCAAAAAUUUCUUAGGGGUGUUGCAAUAUUUUGAAUCUCAGGGAUUAUUUUUGAUGUAAUGAUAGUUUUUAUUUUUUACCUUUUUAAUUUUGUAUAGAGCCAUUUGAGAUAAAUGGUCAUCAACAUUAAAAAAUAAUAGAUCUGAUCUAAUCUUCUAAUGACAAUAUCCAUGGAAAAGUCACUGUGCCUGCUCCUUGGCCAAUUUGUUUUAAAAUCUUGUAUGGUGUUUCAAAGAAUGUCA